CCGGAGGCGCCGCCUCGCCUCUUUCCGCCAGCGCCCGCAGGACCCGGAUGAGAGCGCACCACUGGGGGUCCCCGGGAAGUCGCGGCGCCUUCGGAGGUGGCGGAUGCGGCCGUGAGCCGGCGGGGGAGGUGCUGCUGCUGCCUCCACUGUACUCAGACCCAGGUAGCACAGGAUUGUCCAUCCUCCAGCAGCUCAGUGCAACAGUGUGAACUCAGCCUGUUUCAGAGCCUUCCCACCAUGAGAUGGAGUCUCAUCAUGUUGCCCAGGCCAGUCUCAAAGUCUUGGACUCAAGCGAUCUGCCUGCCUCGGCCUCCCAAAGUGCUGGGAUUACAGACCUCCAAGAAGCUGGUGAACUCGGUGGCUGGCUGUGCUGAUGACGCUCUUGCUGGCCUGGUGGCCUGCAACCCCAACCUGCAGCUCCUGCAGGGCCACCGCGUGGCCCUCCGUUCUGACCUGGACAGCCUCAAGGGCCAGGUGGCACUGCUGUCGGGUGGGGGCUCUGGCCAUGAGCCUGCCCAUGCUGGUUUCAUAGGGAAGGGGAUGCUGACUGGGGUCAUCGCGGGAGCCGUGUUCACCUCCCCGGCAGUGGGCAGCAUCCUGGCAGCUAUCAGGGCAGUGGCCCAGGCCGGCACAGUGGGGACACUCCUCAUCGUGAAGAACUACACUGGGGAUCGGCUCAACUUCGGCCUGGCCCGGGAGCAAGCCCGGGCUGAAGGCAUCCCGGUGGAGAUGGUGGUGAUUGGGGAUGACAGCGCCUUCACUGUCCUGAAGAAGGCAGGCCGGCGGGGGCUGUGCGGCACGGUGCUUAUACACAAGGUGGCAGGUGCUCUGGCUGAGGCAGGUGUGGGGCUGGAGGAGAUCACAAAGCAGGUGAACGUGGUCGCCAAGGCCAUGGGUACCCUGGGGGUGAGCUUAUCCUCCUGCAGCGUCCCUGGUUCCAAACCCACCUUCGAGCUCUCAGCCGACGAGGUGGAGCUGGGCCUGGGGAUCCACGGGGAAGCUGGUGUGCACCGGAUAAAGAUGGCAACCGCCGAUGAGAUUGUGAAACUCAUGCUCGACCACAUGACAAACACCACCAAUGCGUCCCAUGUGCCUGUGCAGCCCGGCUCCUCAGUUGUGAUGAUGGUCAACAACCUGGGUGGCCUGUCAUUCCUGGAACUGGGCAUCAUAGCCGACGCUACCGUCCGCUCUCUGGAGGGCCGUGGGGUGAAGAUUGCCCGUGCCCUGGUGGGCACCUUCAUGUCAGCACUGGAGAUGCCUGGCAUUUCUCUCACCCUCCUGCUGGUGGAUGAGCCUCUCCUGAAACUGAUAGAUGCUGAAACCACUGCAGCAGCCUGGCCUAACGUGGCUGCAGUCUCCAUUACUGGGCGGAAGCGGAGCCGGGUAGCCCCUGCCGAGCCCCAGGAGGCCCCUGAUUCCACUGCUGCAGGAGGCUCAGCCUCGAAGAGGAUGGCACUGGUGCUGGAACGGGUGUGCAGCACCCUCCUGGGCCUGGAGGAACACCUGAAUGCCCUGGACCGGGCUGCUGGCGACGGCGACUGUGGCACCACCCAUAGCCGUGCGGCCAGAGCGAUCCGGGAGUGGCUGAAGGAGGGCCCACCCCCUGCCAGCCCUGCCCAGCUGCUCUCCAAGUUGUCUGUCCUGCUCCUGGAGAAGAUGGGAGGCUCAUCUGGGGCGCUCUACGGCCUGUUCCUGACUGCGGCUGCCCAGCCCCUCAAGGCCAAGACCAGCCUCCCAGCCUGGUCUGCUGCUAUGGAUGCCGGCCUGGAAGCCAUGCAGAAGUAUGGAAAGGCUGCCCCAGGGGACAGGACUAUGCUGGAUUCUCUGUGGGCAGCAGGGCAGGAGCUCCAAGCCUGGAAGAGCCCAGGAGCUGAUCUGUUGCAAGUCCUGACCAAAGCAGUCAAGAUCAGGAGUGGACCCAACCCCAAAAGCUCUCCUCCCUUGGGUGAGUCCUGUGAUCACAGGGUAUAUCUUUUGAAGACCCUAUUCCCUCCUCUUCACCUUAGAGUUGGGGACCCCACUGCACUCACAAACUGAAGAAAAGCUUCUCAUUAAUGCCGGAAAUGACGGAUGUGAUGGACAGAGAGAGGAUGGCGGCUCCAAAAAAGACGUGGAUAGGUUUUAGGAGGCUGCGCAGCCACAUGGACGCCCAGGGCAGGAGGAAGACAGCAAAGCCCAGGAACCACUGUGGACAAAAGGGAGGAUGCACCCGACUGUGCUGUGUGUGACCAAAGCACAUCCCACCCCACCAGCGCCUCCUCCCCAUCUCUACUCCCUGGCUCUUCUUUCACAACUCAAACCCUCCCACCAGGCAUUGCCCACUACCAUGCUAGCUUCCUCAUUGUGGCCUAUUACCCAAGCAACAAGAACAGUAAAUGACAUGCUUAGCUACCAUCCCACUCCCAGCAAACCCAACCACCUUGUUUGUCUCUGGUUCCUUCCAGUCCUUGCUCAUAAAACUCUUCACUUGCACAGGCCUGAGAUCAGAA